AUUUCAUUAAAAUGAGGGAAUUCGAGUCGAGAAGGCACGCCUCAGAGGACGCGAAGAGAGACUUGCAGAAGCAAGCAGUGAAGUUGUAAGUGCGAGAUCGUGUGUUCUUCAAUGGUUAGUGUCGGCGGAGAAAACACGAGGUCUAGCGUGGAGUGGCACGUACGUCCUCCAAACGCUAAAAACCCAAUCGUUUUCUUCGAUAUUACUAUCGGCAGCAUCCCCGCCGGACGAAUCAAGAUGGAGCUCUUCGCCGAUAUCGCCCCCAAAACAGCAGAAAAUUUCAGGCAGUUCUGCACUGGCGAAUACAGAAAAUCUGGGUUGCCUAUAGGUUACAAGGGAUGCCAGUUCCAUAGGGUGAUUAAGGAUUUUAUGAUCCAAGCUGGCGAUUUUGUAAAGGGUGAUGGUAGUGGAUGUAUAUCCAUUUAUGGGCAUAAGUUUGAGGAUGAAAAUUUCAUUGCCAAGCACACCGGUCCUGGUCUAUUGUCAAUGGCAAAUAGUGGUCCUAAUACGAAUGGGUCUCAGUUCUUCAUUACUUGUGCCAGUUGUGACUGGCUUGACAAUAAGCACAUUGUAUUCGGUAGGGUGCUCGGAGAUGGUCUUUUGGUGGUUCGGAAGAUUGAGAAUGUCGCUACUGGACCAAACAAUCGGCCUAAGCUGGCAUGUGUUAUUUCAGAGUGCGGGGAAAUGUAAAAGUUGAAUUCAGGAGCAGCUAUGCUGAGAUGUUUCCAGGCCAGAAACAGACAUUUUGCUCAGAAAGUGAUAUGUAUUGGUCCUUGUAUUUUUUGCAUAUCAUGGCCACAUGGACCAACUGAGUAAUUAGUUAGGGAUUGAGGCUUCUAGCUAGCCUGCAAGAUAAGUAGAGAUAUAUUUGCAGUUCAAAGUAUUUGAUCAUCUAUGCAAAUUCUUUCGGAGAUCUUUCUUGUGAUGGAUUAUCUGUCUAAAUUCUAAUACAGAGCUUUGCUUA